AUGGAUGGCCUCAAGGGAUGCUUUCCAGAUUAUGAUAAAAUAUCUCAGGUGCGAGUGGAGGUCAAGCAUGACCUUACUAGGAAGUUGAAAAUUAAUUGCACAGAGGAUGGAACUCAUUACCUUGAUCUGAUCUCAACUGUCGAAGAACUUGUCGAUUUGUUGCAUCUGAUUGGAAAAGACCGGCUUACUAUCUGUAUCAAUUAUGAUGGAGCCACCAUUACGUUUUCUGCUGGCAAUAACAAGAAAGCCACUGAUGUAACCAUAACGAUCCUCCCAUUUCAGAGUGACUGCACUGACGGAGAAUGGAACUUUUGGGAGAAGCUUGCUCGCGAAUCUUCUUGUUUGCUUACAAUUGCUUACAUGCCUCAUCCUGAUAGCCCUGAGGUUUUUAAGCGAAGCUUUUGGGUACCCUUUGGACCAGCACUGCGGGAGCUGCAAACUUAUGGGAUUCAAAUUUUCGAUGGCAAGGCUGCUGGUGGGAUGCAGAAGCGCCGCGAAGGUAGACAUCCAGACAAAGUGAUCAGUGUUCUGUUCAUAAUGAGAUCAGACAUGCAAGGUCACUGGUACAUUUUCGAUAUUGGUGGAAUGAGAGAUGUUGAAAAGAUGUUUUGCAUGUGUUGCACCGAGCUACUUACAGAUCACAGAGCCGGUUCAUGGUUUAAAAUCGUGACAGUCACUGAAUCUGACAAUCUGAUCACCUUUUGUGAGAAACAUCGGAUUGUGAUGGAUAGUAUCCAGAGGUCUGAAUGA